ACCCGUGCGACGCGCUCCUGUGCCGGAAACCGCCGCCUGGGGCUCGUGGGGCCGGUGGCGCGUGCGGCGUUUCGCUCCGGCCGGGAACGUGGUGAGUGAUGGAGAAUUAUAAGAAAUCCAAGAUUGUGGAGAAGCCCUCUCCCCUUCCAUUCACCAACCUGCCUUCAGAUAUUAUCGAGAUGAAAGUGAAGGAUGGCAGCAAAAUCAGAAAUCUUAUGGGUUAUGCCAUCGGCAAGAUGGAGUCAGACUCAGUUAGGCAGAUUCUUUUCACUGGCUCUGGCAAAGCCAUCAGCAAGACUAUCACUUGUGUGGAAAUCAUGAAGCGACGGCUCAAGGGACUCCACCAAAUCACCAAAGUGCUCUUCAAACAGACCGAAGAGAUCUGGGAGCCCAUUGUCCCUGAGGCUGGUCUAGAUGCCUUGACAGUGAAGAGAAAUAUUCCUGCCAUAUGUGUCUUGCUGAGCAAAGAGGCGCUAGAUUCCCAAGAGCCUGGGUAUCAGGCCCCAGGCUCUUUUGAUGCCUUCUGGAUCGAGACACUUAAAGCAGAGUCCCAGGGACAAAUUAAGAGAAAGCAGGGUGGAGGAAGGGGGGCUGGCCACACAGGAAAGCAUCCUAGAUCCGUUGGAGGACGUGGAGAAUCCUACAAAAAGCCUUGAGAAAAAGAUAAAUCAGAAGCAAUUGUUAAUGGCGUCAAGAACAAAAAACCAAGCCACCUAAUGUGGUUCAAGUGCUACCACCAAACAGAGUGACUGAGCUCCUUGGUAGAGAAGAGCUGAAACCUAGCACAAUUGGGAGAGGGAUGAGGGGCAUGUGAAAACAGAUAUGGUCAUAGCCAUGGCAAAUAAAUUCUCAUAACGAGUCUGGCAUUC